AUGUUGUCAGAUUUACUAUCAUCUCUUUCCUCAAAUCCAUAUUUUGGUGCUGGUGCUGGUCUAAUUGGUAUUGGUACUGCUCUGGCUGUUCUUCGUCGUUCAUCCCAAUAUGGAUUAAUCUUUUUUCGUCGUCAAUAUAUGAUCACACUCGAAGUACCGAACAAUGAUAUCAGUUAUUCAUGGUUAUUACAAUGGAUAUCUCAUCAAUUACGUGAUUCUAGUCGUCAUUUGAGUGCUCGAACGACAUUAAUUAAAAACGAUGAUCCAUCAUCACGUAUUCAAGCGUCGUAUUCAUUUGUUCCGUCGGUUGGUACGCAUUACUUUCGUUAUAAAGGAAAAUUUAUUAAAGUUGAACGUACACGCGAACAAAUGAUCAAUUCUGGUGUACCAUUUGAGUCCGUACAGUUAACUGCAUUUGGUCAAGAUCGACAAAUUUAUAUCGAUAUGUUAGAAAAAGCACGUGAUGCUGCUCUGUUAGCAAACGAAGGCAAAACGCUUGUUUAUAGUCCAACAAUUAAUGAAUGGCGUUUAUUUGGUCAUCCAAGACGAAAAAGACCAUUGAAUUCUGUUAUUCUUGACAAGGGAAUCCUUCAAAGUUUAAUAAACGAUGUUGAACACUUCCUUUCCAAUCCAUAUUGGUAUAUCGAUCGAGGAAUUCCUUAUCGACGUGGUUAUCUUCUCUACGGACCACCAGGCUCAGGAAAAACUUCCGCUAUCAUGGCACUCGCAGGACAUUUUGAUUUAAGUAUCAGCACACUUAAUUUGAGUCAAGGCACAAUGACCGAUGAUCGACUUCAACAAUUGUUAAGUAAUGUUCCUGAAGAAAGUAUUAUUUUACUAGAAGAUAUCGAUGCUGCAACAGUUGGAAGACAUUACGAAAAAGAAGAUGCGAUUCGAUAUCAAGGUAUGAAACCAUUAACUCUAAGUGGAUUAUUAAAUGCUCUCGAUGGUGUUAUAUCAACUGAAGGUCGAAUUAUCUUCAUGACAACAAACUACAUCGAACGUCUCGAUCCUGCAUUGAUACGUCCCGGUCGAGUUGAUUUCAAACAAUAUAUCGGCCCAUUAACACCCUAUCAAGUCGAACAGAUGCUAAUUCGUUUCUAUCCUCAAUCCACCAGCGAAGAAAUCAAUCGAUUUGCAAAACAAAUCGAAGAUUUAACUGCAAAUUAUUCACAACCAAUAAGUGCAGCGCAAUUACAAGGAUAUUUUAUGCAUAAUAAAGAUUCCUUAAACGAUGUUUUUGAUAAUGUUAAACAAAUCUUUCGUUUAUAA